AUGGCGGCGGCGCCGUCUCCGCCCCCCCCGCGCCUCCCGCCCGCCUCGCCCCGCCCCCGGAGCCCGCCGAUUGGCUGCGGGGCCGCAAGGGGCGCGGCGCGAUUGGCUGAUCGUGGUGACGUCACCGCCCAGCUCGCCCGCCCGCCCACUGGCCCAAUGCGCGGCCGCCGCCGCCGCUUCUACCCCGAGCACCGCGUGUACCGGGCGCGCAGCUCCUUCCUGGACCUGAGCGAGGAGCAGGUGCUGCGGCGCUACCGCCUCGACAAGGCCGCCAUCGCCGGGCUGUGCCGCGAGCUGGGCGCCGACCUGGAGAGCCUGACGGGGCGCAGCCACGCGCUGCCGGUGGCCGUCAAGGUGACGUCGGCGCUCACCUUCCUGGCGUCGGGCUCCUUCCAGACGGCCACGCGCGACUCCACCGGCAUCAGCCAGUCGGCCAUGUCCAACUGCCUGGCGCAGUUCCUGGAGGCGCUGCAGCGGCGGGCGGCGCGCUACAUCGCCUUCCCCGCGCCCGGCCGCCCCGCGCCGCCCGCGGGCACCGGCGCCUUCCCCGGCGUGCUGGGGCUGCUGGGCAGCAUGCACGUGGCGCUGCGGGCGCCGUCGGAGAACGAGGUGGCUUUCCGCAACGCCCGCAACUUCCACUCCAUGAACAUGCAGGUGGUGUGCGACGCCGCCGGCGCCAUCACCAACGUGGUGGCCAAGUUCCCCGGCUCCUGCCCCAACGCCGCCGUGCUGGAGAAUUCGGCGCUGGCGCGGCUGCUCGAGGGGGCGCGGCCCGAGGGAGCCUGGCUGCUGGGCGACCGCAGCUACCCGCUGAAGACGUGGCUGAUGACGCCCAUCCUCUUCCCGUGCGGCGCGGCGGAGGAGCGCUACAACGCGCUGCACCACCAGGCGCUGGCCGCCCUGCGCCAGACCCGCGCCCUCCUCAAGCGCCGCUUCCGCUGCCUGGACGCGGCGGGCGGCUGCCUGCAGUACGCCCCGCAGAAGGUCUGCCAGAUCUUCCUGGCCUGCUGCGUCCUGCACAACAUCGCCCUGCGCCGCCGCAUGCCCCUCGAGCCCCCCGAGGGCCCCGAGCCCGACCCCGAGCCCGAGCUGCCGCUGCAGGCGCCCCACGUGCAGAUCUCCAGCGAGGCCCGGGCCGUGCGCGCCCGCAUCGUGCAGCAGGUGAAGGACAGCAUGGGCUGA